GUCAUGCAGACCUGGUAGACGCACCCAGAGCGCGUCGAUGGUUUACCCCAGUCUAGUUGCAGCGUCAUCGUGAAGGACUGUUUGAAUGAAGUUCGGAGUGGAGAGGUCUGUACGCCCAAAUAAGCGCCCCCAGCACUCGGAAUACCCGAUAAAAAGCGAAAAAGGAGAAUGCCAGUGUUUAUGGUGAACGUGAAAUGGGGGAAAGAGAAGUUCGAUGGCGUGGAGCUGAACACGGAGGAGCCGCCCAUGGUCUUCAAAGCGCAGCUGUUCGCCCUGACGGGCGUCCAGCCCGAGCGGCAGAAGGUUAUGGUCAAAGGAGGGACGUUGAAGGACGAUGAAUGGGGAAACAUCAAGCUGAAAAAUGGCAUGACCCUGCUGAUGAUGGGCUCCGCGGACGCCCUGCCUGAGGAACCCGCCGUCAGGCCCAUGUUUGUGGAGGACAUGACUGAAGAACAGCUCGCUUCUGCGAUGGAGCUGCCAUGUGGCCUAACGAACCUGGGCAACACCUGCUACAUGAAUGCCACGGUCCAGUGUCUUCGCUCGGUGCCGGAGCUGAAGGGAUCUCUCAGCAGGUACUCUGGCGCCUUGAGAUCCUCUGGGGCCAACGCGUCAUCACAGUACAUCACAGCAGCCCUCCGUGAUCUGUACGAGUCCAUGGACAAGACCUCCUCCAGCAUACCUCCAAUCAUGCUGCUCCAGUUCCUCCACAUGGCCUUCCCGCAGUUCGCAGAGAAGGGCGACCAGGGCCAGUAUCUCCAGCAGGACGCCAAUGAAUGCUGGGUGCAGAUGAUGAGGGUCCUGCAGCAGAAGCUGGAGCCAGAGGAGGCAGAAACCCCAAUGGAGUCUGAUUCUGCGAGUGGCACUACUGCUGCCUCAGCCAAGAAGAACUUCAUUGACCAGUAUUUUGGGGUGGAAUUUGAGACCACCAUGAAAUGCACUGAAGCAGACGAUGAGGAUCUCGUCAAAGGCAAGGAGAACCACCUGCAGCUCAGCUGCUUCAUCAACCAGGAGGUCAAGUAUCUGGCCACGGGGUUGCGGCUGCGCCUGCAAGAGGAAAUCACUAAGCUCUCCCCAUCUCUGCAGAGAAACGCUUUGUACAUAAAAUCUUCUAAAAUCAGCCGACUGCCUGCUUAUCUGACCGUUCAGAUGGUCCGCUUUUUCUACAAGGAGAAGGAGUCCGUCAAUGCCAAAGUCUUAAAGGACGUGAAAUUCCCUCUGAUGUUGGACGUCUAUGAGCUGUGCACCCCUGAGCUGCAGGAGAAGCUGUUGCCCCUCAGGUCGAAGUUCAAAGAGGUCGAAGACAAGAAGCUGGAGAAACAGCAGCAAAAGGGUGAAAAAACCAUGACAUCUCUGAAAGAUGUGAAAUACGAGCCCUUUUCCUUUACUGACGACUGGGGCUCCAGCAACAGCGGCUACUAUGACCUGCAGGCGGUGCUCACGCACCAGGGCCGUUCCAGCUCCUCGGGGCACUACGUCGCUUGGGUCAAAAGGAAAGAAGAUGAAUGGGUGAAGUUUGAUGAUGACAAAGUGAGUCUGGUGGCCCCGGAGGACAUCCUGAAGCUGUCUGGCGGUGGGGACUGGCACAUAGCGUACAUUCUGCUGUACGGGCCUCGCCGGCUAGAGAUCCUGCCGGAGGAGCGGUAAAUCCAGGCGGGAAGCUUAAACAUGCCAUUUGGAAGCACUGUCUGUAUAGAUGUCCAAUAAAUACUCAUCUCUUUGAAUCUUGA